CCCACUGCCCGCCAGCCAUGGGCGAGCUACUGCCUGCGGGACCCCUGGAGUCCUGGGAUCCCCAGACAAGUGCCCCAAAGGGCCCCCAGGGUGAGCCCACAGCCCCCUCAAAGCCUCGCCACAGCCUGGGCGUUCUCCACACCUCCUACAGUGUCAGCCACCGUGUGGGGCCCUGGUGGAAUGUGGCCUCCUUCCGGCGACGCUGGCAGCGGCGGGUCCUCCAGGACGUGUCCUUCUACCUGGAGAGUGGGCAGAUCCUGUGCAUCUUGGGCAGCUCAGGCUCGGGCAAGACCACGCUGCUGGAUGCAGUGGCUGGGCGGCUGCGCCACUCUGGGACCCUCACGGGUGAGGUGCUCGUCAAUGGGCGGGAGCUGCGAGGGGACCAGCGGCGGGACUGCUGCUCCUACGUGCUGCAGAGUGACACCCUGUUGGGUGGCCUGACAGUGCGGGAGACACUGCUGUACAUGGCUCAGCUGGCCCUGAGUGGACACUCCCCUGACUUCUUCCACAAGAAGGUGGAUGCCAUCCUAGCAGAGCUCAGCUUGGCCCAUGUGGCAGACCAGCGGAUUGGCAACCACCAGUCGGGGGGCAUCUCGAGUGGAGAGCGGCGCCGGGUGUCCAUCGCAGUCCAGCUCCUGCAGGACCCCAAGAUCAUGCUGCUGGAUGAACCCACCACGGGCCUGGACUGUAAGACAGCCAGCCAGAUAGUCACCACUCUGGCCGAGCUGGCCCACAGGGACCGCAUUGUCAUCCUCACCAUCCACCAGCCCCGCUCCGAGCUCUUCCAGGUCUUUGACAGGGUGGCCAUCGUGAGCUGUGGGCAGCUGCUGUUCUGUGGGAGCCCCGCCGAGAUGCUGUGCUUCUUCCAGGACUGCGGCUUCCCCUGUCCCGAGCACUGCAACCCUUUUGACUUUUACAUGGACCUGACAUCCGUGGACACCCAGAGCCGUGAGAGGGAGGCAGAGACAUCCAAGCGUGUGCAGGCCUUGGAGGCAGCCUACAGAGUGUCCCCCAUCUACAAACACAGCCUGGAGGCCAUUGAGCAGGCAGGGCAGCUGCCUGGGACUCCUGAGGUCCCCUUCAAGACCACACAGGGCCCUGGUGUGCUCACCAGGCAGUGGGUACUGCUGAGGAGGGUGACGCAGAACCUGCUGCGGGCAGGACCGGCACUAGCCAUGCGUCUGGUGCAGAACCUGGUGAUGGGGCUCUUCCUCCUCUUCUUCCUGCUGCGCCUUGGCCUGGAUGUGGCUGCAGGGGCCGUGCAAGACCGAGUGGGGCUCUUCUACCAGUUUGUGGGUUCCAUGCCCUACACGGGCAUGCUCAACGCCGUCAACUUGUUCCCUGUGUUGCGUGCAGUCAGUGACCAGGAGAGCCAGGAUGGGCUGUACCCGCGCUGGCAGAUGCUGCUGGCUUACAUGCUGCACUCCUUACCCUUCAGCGUGGUUGCCACCCUGCUCUUCAGCUCCGUCUGCUACUGGGCGCUGGGCCUGCACCCCGGGGCUGCACGGUUCGGCUUCUUCUCGCUGGCGCUGCUGUUGCCACACAUGUUGGGGGAGCUGCUGACUCUGGUGCUGCUGGGGCUGGUCCAGGACCCCACGUUGGCCAACAGCCUGGUGGCCUUGCUCAGCAUCAUCGGCUUGCUGGUGGGCUCGGGCUUCAUGAGGAAAAUGGCAGAUAUGCCUGUCCCGUUCAGGAUCUUCUCCUACUUCACCUUCCAGAAGUACUGCUGUGAGAUCCUGGUGGUAAAUGAGUUUCAUGGCCUCAACUUCACGUGCGGCAUACCGGGCGGCACUGUGCAUGGGAACCCUAUGUGUGCACUCACGCAGGGCACCCAGUUCAUCGCCAGCACCUGCCCAGGUGCGGAGACGCGAUUCUUGGCCAAUUUCUUUCUGCUGGGUGCCUUCGUGCCAGUCCUGGUGCUGCUGGGCAUCAUUGUGUUUGUGGUCCGAGACCGCCUCGUGGGCCGGUAGGGAGCACCAGGGGCCAGGAUAUCUGCUGGAAUUUGGAGAGAUGUGACAGCCUGCCUACAGACUGACCAGGACUUGGGGAGAUAGGAGAUGCCCACAGCCUGGGCCUGCACACAGAGGGCGCAGCUGUUGGGGACUGGUCUGCACGGAGCCAUGUGGGAUGCAGGAUCAGUCUGUGGCUCCAGGAAUGCUCUGGGCUCUGCCCACCCCCUCUUAUCCUUUAAAAAUAAGGCUGGGGAGAUAGCACAGUGGUUCUGUAAAGAGACUUUUCUGCCUGAGGCUCCAAAGUCCCAGGUUCAAUCUCCAGUGUGGCCUGGGGAAAAAUGAUAAAAUAAUAAUAAAAAAUGGCAAUAAGCACUUGAA